AUGUCGGUCCAGAGGAAUCCUCCACCAACACGCCAACCUCCUCUUGCAGGAUGGACCCGCCAACUCCCUCAGGCAACAAAUCACGUCGCCAAUACCCAACCCACUCGGGUGGCAGGUCAAACCCAGACGCUGGACGCUAACGACAUGUCGGCAGAGGAAGAAGCGGAAAUGGUGAAGGUACUUAUGGCCACGAAGAAAGGUCGCCUAGUUUUGAGAAACGGGGAUGUGGUAGAGAACGGUCGACUGCUGGUCGCAGACGAUUCCGAGGAAAUGGGAAAGGGACUCACACAAUUGUCUCCCGUCCUAACCCAAUGGUUGAAAACAUUCAAAUCUUACAUACCUUUAACAACCUUCAACCGCUACUUCCUCGCCGAUGACCAGACAGAGUGGAGUCGUAGGAAAGCUCCUUCAGAAUCGCGAAUCGAAGAUGGAAGUUCCUCCUUACGAGUCUACGGGGGAAACCCCCCUCCAGAGGAACUGACGAUGCAAUUCGAAGAAUGGAUCGAUUGCAUGGGAUUGUUUAUACAAUACGUCGCAGACGCAGGUUGGACAACACUGUCGGAGCGUUUCGACGGUCACCGGAAGAUAGUGAUGGGGAUCCGUGAAACUUAUGGUUGGAUGGUAGCCCUAAGAUACUGCGUACGCUUACGACAAGGGGUGAUGCGGGAAACUAUAGAUAAUCGGAUCAAAAACUUUAGCAAGCUUCAGACAGCAAUUCUCGAGGACGCGAAGUUGGCGGCAGAUGCGUACCAAGAAAAAGCUUAUCGCACAAAUCCAUACGCACCAGGCGGAGUCCUAGCACACCUGAACCCUCUGACAGGCCUGCCCCGAUCCACAUUGUCAAACGCAUCCUCGAAGAAGACCCCAACAACUACAUCAUCCUACCGUCAAACAGACCGAGAGCGUCCCAGAGACAACGAGUCGUGGAUCCCGUCCCAUUGCUGGAAGCUGAUGUCAGAGUCAGAGAGGAAAGACGCGACAGCGAGACGCUUGAAGGAGCCCGGAGGACGGAGCGCCUAUGAGGACCGCGAGAGUUACCGCGACAGACUUCGAGAGAGUGACUACAACCAAAGAGAUUAUGACCGAGGCCGUGCGCAGCGCGAUGAUAGGGGCAAGUACAAGAAACGAAGCCCAUCGAGAAGCCGCAGCCCUAGGGGCAAGAAAGGCAGAGGAAAGGGGAGAUAUGCGCCUUGCCCAAAUUCCGAGGAGUAG